UCCGUCGGAAGUCCCCGACGACAUCAUCGCGCCGCGCCGCGCACCAUGAUCAUCGCCGGGGGGGGCCGCGCCGCCGCCGCCGCCGCCGCCCUCAGGGCAUUGGCCCGGGGCCGGGCCAGGGCCGGGGGGGUCCUGUCUGUGUCCACCGGCCCCCCCGCGGCCCCUGAGCCCCGUAGGGAGAAGCCGCUGCCCGUGGUGCCGCUGCGGUCCCCGGUGCUCCGGUCCUGCGCUGUCCCUGUCCCGUGCCACCGGUGGCCGGUGCAGGCCUGGGUGUCAUCGCUGCGGCACCCCGAGGAUGAGCACCGGGGCCUCACCGACCUGCACCCCGAUGUCUUCGCCGUCAGGCCCAGGCUCGACAUCCUGCACACGGUGGCAAUGUGGCAGAAGAACUACAAGAGGAUUAGCUACGCCAAGGUGCGGACGCGGGCCGAGGUGCGGGGGGGCGGCCGGAAGCCCUGGCGGCAGAAGGGGUCGGGCCGGGCCCGGCACGGCAGCAUCCGCUCCCCGCUGUGGCGCGGGGGGGGCAUCGCCCAUGGCCCGCGGGGUCCCACCAGCUACUACUACAUGCUGCCCAUGAAGGUGCGGGUGCUGGGGCUGAAGGUGGCGCUGACGGUGAAGCUGAUGCAGGACGAUCUGCACAUCGUGGAUACCCUGGAGCUCCCCACCGCUGACCCCCAGUACCUGCUGGACCUGGCGCGGUUCCGGCGCUGGGGCCACUCCGUCCUCAUUGUGGAUGUCAAUGAACCUCCGGAGAACAUCGGAGCCGCAGCCGAUGCUUUGAAAACCAUCAACCUCAUCCCGGCCUUAGGGCUCAACGUGCACAGCAUGCUGAAGCACGAGACGCUGGUGCUCACGUUGGACACCGUCACCUUCCUGGAGAAGAAGCUGCUGUGGCACGACAGCCGCUACUCACCCCUCUACCCCUUCUCAUUGCCCUAUAGAGACGUCCCUUAGACCGCCCCCCGCCGGGCUGGGUGAGACCCCCCCCCGGCACAGGGUCCAGCCCCAAACACUGGAUCCAGCCCCCCCAUCCCAUUGGAAAAGGGGUUUUGGGGAGCCCCACGUGCUGCUGUGGCCAUUAAAGCUCUUUGGUCUCUU